CUAUAAGAAUGGAGGGAGGUGAGCAAAAUCUGUAAACAAGAAUGGGGGAAUCAGAAGUAAAGGUGCUGGGUAGUUGGGAAAGCUUUUAUGCUACUAGAGUGCGUAUUGCACUGGAGUUGAAAGGGGUGGAAUAUGAAUAUGUUGAGGAGGAUUUAAGAAACAAAAGUGAGCUGUUACUGCAAUCAAAUCCUGUGCAUAAAAAGAUUCCUGUGCUCGUCCACAAGGGGAAACCCAUUGUAGAAUCGCUCAUAAUUCUUGAGUACAUAGAUGAAACGUGGAAAGGAGGCGUUGAGUUGCUGCCUGAAGAUCCAUAUGAGAGGGCCAUGGUCCGUUUCUGGUGUCACUUCAUAGAUAAUGAGCUUGGAGGAACCAUGAGGAGGAUGGGGAAAUGCAAAGCUGGUGAAGAGAGAGAUGCGGCUAAACAAGCAGUUGUUGCAAAAUAUGUGUUGUUGGAAGAAGCUAUGGCUACCACUUUUUCAGGGAGGCCAUUUUUUGGAGGGGAAACAAUUGGACUUCUUGAUAUUGCUUUGGGUGCUGCCGCAGUGUGGAUCCGAAUUGCUGAGAUGCUUGAAAAUGUAAAGUUCAUAGACAAUGAGAACACGCCUCUUCUCCAUGCAUGGAUUGAACGCUUUUCCAAUGUGGAUUGCAUUAAGAAAUUGCAACCUAGCUUUGACCAUGCAAUGGACCAUAUUCAACAAAGGAUUACGGAGGCCAAAGCAAAGGCCUAAUGUAAAAUGUCUACUUACUACGAAACAAAACUUAAUAAAUAAAUAGAAAAAAACUCCAUAAUAAUUGCUUUAAUAAGAGUUGUUAAUGCACCAUAUUUAUCUUAUUGAUGGUGAAUUAAUUUGACUAAAUUUAUGUAAAUAAUAAGGAUUUAAAAGAAAUUUA